GCAGAAUUGAGGUCUGAAGGGCUGAGAAUGGAAAUGGAUCAGAUUCAGCCAGCUCUUCGUCAGGGGCCUCCGAAUUUUAAACUGCCGCCCAGACGAUCUCCUUCACAGUCAGCUGUUCAUCGGAAGAUCCGUUUCAUGGAGACAAGCCUCGCUGACUUCCUGGGACUCCGGAGAUGAGGGUAAGCCUUGCCGAUCGUCAGGGGGGAUCCGCAAGCGGCGACGCAUGUCGUCAGGCCUGGAGGGAUCAUUUUAAGGUCCCUCAGCCACAGUAGACGUUACCAGAAAGGGGGGAUCUGCAAAUGGCAAGCUGCCUGUUAUUUCAGCACCGCUGCCCAGCUGAUCAUCUCAAUUACCCUCAGCCGCAUUAGGAGCCCAAGCGUUUCUUCGGAAUGAGGGCUCAUUGCAAUUAAGGCUUCAGACCACGCAGGCCUCCUCCUCAAUGGUCAUUUUGGUGCACAGACAGUUGUGGUCGCCAUUUUGAGGCAGCUGCAGCCACCAUUUUGAACAAACACUGAGGCCUAACUGCCUGCAGGAACAUUCCAAAGGACAGUUUUUUGAUGUGUUUGAAGCUGCGGCCGCCAUUUUGACUGAUUACUGUCAUUCUUAUGAACCCUGACUGAAUUGGGGAGGGCAAGCUCAUUCCGGAAGGACACACUGCCUAUCAUUAACCCCCACUGCCCCCCCCCCUCACCGGGGCCGGAUUGUCUCUGCUGGGCUCCCUCAGUGAUAUUACAACACUGAGGGCGGGGCGUUUUCGCUGAGGUUGAGCCCUCAAGGUGUAUUCAACAAUCACUCAGCAUGGCAGAAAAAGCUUCCACCGAACCGGCCAAAAGGAAACAUGCUAUGGAGGCAGGGGGAAAAAAUGCCUCAAAACGAGCCAAGUCAAUCAAGGAAACCAAUAGUCAGCAUAUGUUGGAGGAUGAGUCCCACAGGUUGAGAGCAGUUUCCCCAGGUCAGACAGGCACCACCACAAGAGGAAGGUCCAUCUUUGAACACCUUUCCUCACAUUGUGCCUUGGCCCCAGGGGCCUGGUCUCCCCCCAGGGGAAGUUCUCAAUCUGAAUCAGUCACAAGGGCUGUUCCAGGGACACAAGGUGCAGCUGGUCAGGACAAUAUUACUUUGGGACUCAGGCUACAUUCACUCCCACUGCAGCGGGGCUCCGCUCUCCUGAAGCUCAGAUCUUAAAUCCUGAGCAACUUCAGGCCAUGAUAGCUCAAGCCGAGGCUCAAUUCAUGGCUUCUACCACUACACAGCCACCCACAGCACCUCCACAGUCCAUAUAUCAUUCCCAAUCUCCAGAUAUCAUUGAUGAAGCCUCAUCGGACUUAGAAUCAACAGGGGCUGAAACAUCAGGCCUGAUUAUGUCAGAUGAUGAAGGCAUUACUCCAUCUGACCCUGCUCCUCCUGUCAGUCUCUUUAAUUUUUUAUUACUCAAGGCUUGCACAACUGCAAACCUUCCUCAGGAACAGGAGACCCCACCUACAACAUCUAAAGUUCUCACGCCAUAUAUGCUGAGCCCUCGGUCUCUCAGAAUCAUAUUCCCUGCCCUCCCUUUUUUUCUCAACAUAGUUCAGAAACAAUGGGAGAAUUUAGGAUUUCUUUCAAACCCCGGAGCCAUAGAAAAGACACUAUUCAAUGUGGCUCCUUCCCUGGCCUCCUUAUUGGAAAUUCCCCAGAUUGAUGAACCCCUAAAUUCACUGUUCCCCAAUGCUAGCAUUCCAGAGGAUGUUAACGAGGCACUUAGGGCAGAGGAUAAAAAGAUUGAGGCUGCCUUACGCAGGUCCCAUUUGGCGUCAGCCUGGGCAACAAAGGCAUCAACAUCCAUGGCCUUCUUUGCCAGGGCUUCAGUCCUAUGGCUACGUGAGCUCCAGGACAUGAUUCCUCCAGACCAACUCAGAGCUCAUCAAAAUCUGGGUAAGUUGGUUGCUGCAUCCCAGUACUUGGCCGAUGCCUCUCUGCACACGGCCAGAUACACUGCCCGGACCAUCGCUGCGGGCAUCUCAGCACGAAGGCUCCUUUGGCUCAGGAAUUGGCGAGCAGACACCAAGGCCAAAUGGCGUCUCGCCUCUAAACCUUACACAGGUGGACAUCUCUUUGGUAAGGCCCUAGAACCUUACUUAAUAGAAGGUAAGGACAAACGCAAAACUCUUGUUAACUCAGCAAGGAAAGGAGAUAAGCAUUCAGGGAACAGUCUAUCGCAGGGCAAUUACCAAAGGCAGCCCUUUCGGCCAGCUCCAUCCUGGGACUGGGCCCAGGCAUCUCGUUCUUCCUUUCAGAGACAAGAACGACAGCAUGGAUCGUUCAGCAUAUAGAAGCCGACCACAGGUCCAGACCAAGCGGCCCUUUUGAGGCGCAGGGGGUCGUUCCUUUAAAUGAGGCAAGUGAUCUCACAGUCUCACCUCCUAUAGGAGGCCGGCUGACCCUUUAUUCCAACACUUGGGCAGCCACUACUACAGACUCAUUGGUGUUAGAUACCGUCACUCAGGGUCUGAGACUAGAGUUUUGGUCCAGACCACCUGACAGGUUCCGCUCUUGCCCUAUUCCCAGGAACAGGACUAGAGCGGAUCUUAUGUCAGAAGCCAUAGCUCAUCUAUUACAAAUACAAGCAAUUGAACCAGUACCACAAGACCAAGAAGGACGAGGAUUCUACUCAAACCUCUUCAUCAUCCCUAAGACUUCGGGGGGCUGGAGGGCAAU